UGUUCCUUGUUUUUUUACUCGUAACGUUUGUUCGUGUUGAGUGGUGUUGAGGUGUUGAGUUAUACUCAGAUGAGUGUGUAAAUGUUGACAAACACUAUAAAACAACAUUAAAAAAAAAACAUUAUCUUACAAAAUUCACGUCGAAAAUUGAGUGUUCCUGUACCUCUGUGUGUGUACGACAGAUCGAAUCAUUUAUGAAGAACCGGGUGUUUCUGUCGUACAGUAUCGUGCUAUGGAGAGUGAACAACGAUGUUAUGAGUUACGAAGCACAAGCAGAUCUCGUUCUCAAACUCCUUUAAUUCAAACACAUGCCUUGUCAGAGUCAGAGGUUCUUGAACACCAUUAUGAUUUAAGAAAUCGAAGUCGAGAGAGAUCACAUACUCCUGGAGGGAGUAUAUCCAGUAAAAAGUCUGCUUCUAAAUCUUUACCCAGUAAUUAUGGGAAGGUAAACGAUCAAACUAUAGAAACAAUAAUGGAAGAAAAAGAAGAAGACACAUCUGCGGAAGCUUUGUUCGAAAGUCGGAACAAGAGGACAGAAAAUUCUUCUGCCUCUGCGAGAAAAGUAGAGAGACGAUCAGGACGUCAAAAAGCAAAAAGGGAGAUACUUGCAAACGGUCAAGGUGAAAAGACAGAUGACUCGCCUGGUGCAAAGCAACAGAAAAAAUAUAACAAUCCUCAUAGGACAGUAACCAGUGAUUAUUCUUCAGAGGAAGGAGAAAAAGAGGAUUUGCCGAAUAGACCAAGUACUAUUCACGAAAUUUACAAGCAGGCUGGUGAUUGGUGGAAUGUGUUCCCAAAAACAGACUAUACUUAUUCUAAAAAGUCACAAUGUCGUUACGAAAUUGCACCAGGUAUAUUGGCAAUGCCCAAUAUGUCACGACGUUCGAUACAUUCGGAAACAGACACUUUUAAUCAUUUGACGCGUGUACCAUCAGAAAGCGGUAUAUACGAAGCGACAAGUUUUGAAAACAACACAGAAUCAAAUGAUCAUGAGAAAUCGAACAUCGAUUAUACAAAGUCGCACGUAGAACGAUAUCGUUGCCACAAAGAAGUAGUUCAUACAGUUCCCAGGAGUUCGACGAAAAUUCAAUCAAGCCAAUUAUUGCGUUCCGAUUCAUCAUUAAAAUCUAUCGACUCUUGGAAGUACAGUAGAGCAUCCUGUGUUGACUCCGAUGCAGAAUUGGACGACGCAGUAUCGGCAUCGAACAAGUUCAGUAAAAACAGGAAGUUAACGCAAUCUUUCCUAAGUUUUACAGCGAUCAUUAGUGCGUGGUUUAACAAACUGUUCGAAUUUGUAAAACUGAAAACAUUUAGAAGAAGGGAAUAUUACAGCCCUCACAGAUACGAAUCUAAAUGGUACAAAAUCUGGCAACAUAUUGACCGUUGGUUGCAGUAUGUUUAUCUGUUUAUGGUUAAAGUAUUGCUCUUCGAUUCGUGGCUGCUGAGCCGAUUUUCCAAUAUUAGAAAAUGGAUGCAGCAAAGGAGCCCUAAGAUUCUCUGGAUCGCUCUACUGCCAUUGCUCUUUCUAACGGGUAGCUGGUGUUUACCGUAUUUCUCGACGUCGUUUCAUUCAGUCCGAACAAUGACUCGACAGCUGCGAGAAGCAUCAGAACUGUUCACGGUAAAUAGGGGAUCAUUUCACGAAGCGGAACGUUUCGGAAGAACAGAGGAUUUCGUGUCGAUCGUUGAAGAACUGAACAAUCGAAUCAGUACGUUGGAGGAUCGAACUAUUGAACAAACAAAUCGUCUUUUAAACAUUAGUGCGACCCUCGAGAAAUUCAGGGAAAGCGACAUUGUUUGGUCAAAAUUCAACAAUAAGAUGCUGUUGCUGGAUAAGACCAUAGAAGGUCAAAGUUUAGUUGACACGUACAAUCACGAAAUUGAAGGAAUUAAACUGCAGUUCGAAACAUUGAAGGGACUUUAUUCGGAAUUAAAGUUGUGUUGUAACACCCAAGUGAAUCAGAUCAGUAGCGACGAUCUAGAAAGACGCAUUGAAACGAUUCUAGCCGGGUAUCUUAAUGCGUUGGUAUCGAAGCAGGAUUUGAUGAAAGCAAUUCAAAGUGCGAUGCUCGCGGUCGACGAGGGUGAUUCAGGAAUUGCCCGGAAGCGACCAUUUGCAGUCGCCGAUGAUGGCAAUGUAACCGAUGACCGUGUUCGCGAAAUAGUCAGAGAUGCUUUAAGGAUAUACGAUGCGGAUAAAACAGGCCGCGUAGAUUAUGCUUUGGAAUCCGCAGGCGGUCAAAUCAUUAGCACGCGUUGCACGCAAAGAUACGAUAUAAAAACCAGAGCUUUCAAAGUGCUGGCCUUUACGCUUUAUCACGAGAAUAACAAUCCUCGAACGGUAAUACAAGGAAAUCCAAUACAGCCUGGUGCAUGCUGGGCGUUUCAAGGAUUUCCGGGAUAUCUACUAAUUAAAUUGCGUAGCUCUAUUUACAUUAGUGGAUUCACGGUCGAGCAUGCACCCAAGUCGAUUUUACCCAAUGGAGAAAUGAGGAGCGCCCCAAGGAAGUUUAACGUUUGGGGGUUUGUUAACGAAAAUGAUCCCGAUCCGGUGAUGUUUGGCGAUUAUGAAUUCGCAGCUACAGAUGACAAUUUACAAUAUUUUCCCGUUCAAAACACAACGAUCGAGACUCCGUACGAAUUCGUUGAAUUAAGGGUGCACAGUAACUAUGGACAACUCGAGUACACGUGUUUAUACCGAUUUCGCGUUCAUGGAAGACCAGUAUGAGCCGUGAUAGAUGGAAAUGACGUUUACGUUACUUGGCCAUCGGAGAUUCACGGUGUAACAUCCAGCGUGGCUUUAUAGACAUAACCCGCGUCGAUCAAGAUUUCAGCUCUUUAUGUCUGGAUACGUGCCUUCAAUUAUCCAUAGAUAAAACAAUUAAUGUCAUAAUCAUAGGAGGCUACUUGCUUUCGAACGCGCUGUGACACGCGAACACGAACAAUGUGAAUACAAGUUACCGUUAUCACCGAUAGGUUAUAGAACACAAGUGUGCCCAAGUGUCGUCGAGAGUCAAGUGUUAAGUGUCGUCGAGAGUCAAGUGUCAAGUGUUCAGAACCGAUUACUUUUAAAUAAUGUUACUCCGCCCCAUUUUUAGUUCGUUCGUGUGAAUUCUAUCCAUGUUCUUUUCUUUGUUAAUCGUAUGGUAAAAGCACAAAGUUUAUACGCUUUCAUCCCGCAACAAGAUAAGAACAAGCGUGUCACGCGACAUUCAAGAGAGAGAGAAAAAAAAAAGAGUACACUGUGUUCCAAAUAUUAUCCAAAGCUGAAUACCGCUAAAGUUGUAAGGUUAACGCGACAGUACAAAUUAUAAGAAAGGAAAGCAGAAAUUCGGUAAAUGUAAACGUAAUUUAAGAACUCCGUUUGCAGCGUUUCUACGGACCGCUAAUUAUAAUAUAUUGUUCUUUUCUUUUUUCCUAGAAGUUCAAUAUAUUAGGUUCAUAAUAUAUUUGGCUUGUGCCGCAUGUGUGUGUGUGAGCAUAAUGUAUAAAUCGAUAUGUAUGAAGUAUAAAGAUAACUAUUUUGCAACUGCGAAAUAAAUUUCAUAUCCAC